AUGAUUCCCCGAGGAAGAAUCGAUCAGUCCAGUAACCCUCAUGCGCGGUUUUUUUCAGCAUCACAGAGCCUCCGACGUGGAAAACACCCUCGCGAUUCCGACUCCGUUUCACCAUACGAUAACCCAGACUCAUCUGAGUCCAUCCUAAGCGAUGAGCGAUCUAUAUACAAUGCGGUUAGAGUCACCACACCAAAGGAUUCCACCCCUCGUUUCUAUGCGUCUCUCCUCCAUGAUAACCCCGUUCACGAGCAAGGCUUAGCGGUAAACAUGGCCAGAUUCGUUCCUACAGAUUCACAGGAUGAUCAUACUCCUACCACUGUGCCAACCAGGAGAGGAAGACGGCAGAGGAUGGUACGGAAGCUUGGGAACCACACCAAGCUGCUAUCUGACCAGUGCUGGCAAGCCACACACCGGUCGAGACCUCUGAGUAAAACGACAUCGGUACUAGACCCCGGUCGGUCUUUACAUCGUAAAGCGGUUUCCCUCGAUGCAAAUGAGCAUAGUAUACGCCGGCCUAGAUGGCCUGGGAACUUGGAACCUGCAGUGAAAAUCGUCCAACCUCUAUAUCCACCGCUAGAAAGAACGCCUACACCCCCUGGCCUUCCCUCCUUCGGCUCGUCAGAGGCUAUGUCCGUCUCUGCACGGUUCAUGAUUCCAGACAAUAUUGCAUGGUCACCCGCAAACUUGCAAGGUAAUGGUCCUGCUGGUGGUCAGCGUAGCAGUUCAUAUGGCGACACUCUAAGGAGAUUAUUUGGCUUGCCACCUUCUGCGUCUCAUGCUGAGCUUUCCGUUAAUGGUAUAGGAAGAGCCGAGGAUGGCACGCUGGUACAGGGCCGGUUUCCCCAUCGACAAAGCGGCCAUGGAAUGAACGUCGGUCGACCACUGCAUGACCACCCUUUCCAUCAACGCAAUCUUCCCAAUGCUCGCCACGAAGCCACAAAUACAAGCUACGACCCUUAUGUUGAAGCUGCACAGACAAAGGGUGCUCAUGGGCGAAAUUCAAUCAGACAUGUCCAGCCUCUAGCCAGGCCCCCGAGACGACGUUUCCCCUUUCCAUCGAACCCGGCCCCUGCAGUGGUAAACCGCCGCCCGCGGCCCAGAGCCACUGCACUUCUCAGCUUGCCGCGCAAUCUGACUGGAUCAGACGGUCCUGCAGAUCCAGCGGAACCUUCUGCUCAAGGGACGAGGGCAAGUGGCGACCAUAUCCCUCCCAAUCCAUCGCGGUUGCAUUCGGUUUUGACAAUGACUGGGUGCGGCGGCGGUGCAGAUGAAGAUCCUCACGCAAGCACGUCCGUCUGUCCGGAGGUUUUGGCGUGGGUGAAGACCCAGAGAUGCCUCUUCUGCUGCUGCUGCUGCUGCUCGGGCAGCCACGAGGAGCCGGAUGAUUCUCUCGGGGCAACCAGCUCGCGGGAUACAUAUGUAACCGCCCAGAGCCAGGUGUCGCCUGUUGGAUCUCAGGAUGAAAACAGUGAGGGGAAUACCCGUCUCCAUGGCUUUCAGGCAUGGAUCUCAUCUCUGUACGGUGUCAUGUUUCCGACUCUUGUGAACCCUGCUGCUGUAUAA